AGUUGAAAAGCUUCGUUCAACGAAUUCGGUUGGGUUUUUGUAUGUGGUUAGUUGGCACGUGAGUUUUAAGAUUUAAAAAAUAGAUUAUUGCAAAAAUAAAAGUUAAAAAAACCGAUUUGUUUUAAAAAUAAAUUAAUUCGUUUAUAUAAUGUUGAAUUAGUUGAUAAUUAAAGCCAUUAAAUACGCACGGUAAUAAGAUAUUUUUCUAAAAUUAAAUUUGCUACCAUUGGAAAAGCUUUCGGUUUUAGCCAGAAAAAGAAAAGGAAUCAUCAUGUUCUCACGUCCCAAUUUAUACGGAAAUCUAACCAAAAUAUGUGCCACAGCCUCAGCACGGUCAUCAAACAACCCAGCAACAACAACAGCUGUCGCAGCUGUUGCCAACAACACACAAAUACGCGAAUAUCAUGAAGUGGUUGGUGAUAUCUUGUGCCCCUCACAAGUAAUGGGUAUUGAUCACAUUCGGGAUCCACGUUUAAACAAAGGUUUAGCAUUUACCCUCGAAGAACGCCAAGUAUUGGGUAUACAUGGUUUACAACCCGCACGCUUUAAAACUCAGGAAGAACAAUUGCAAUUGUGUAAAAUUGCAGUUAAUCGUUAUAGUGAAUCGUUGAAUAAAUAUUUAUAUUUGAGUGAUUUGCAAGAUCGUAAUGAACGUCUCUUUUUCCGUUUUCUCUCCGAAAAUAUUGAGGAAUUAAUGCCAAUUGUAUAUACACCCACUGUGGGUUUGGCCUGCCAGAGAUUUGGUUUAAUUUAUCGUAGACCUCGUGGUCUAUUCGUGACCAUCAAUGAUCGUGGUCAUGUGUUUGAUGUAAUUAAAAAUUGGCCUGAACCUGAUGUUCGUGCUAUUUGCGUUACAGAUGGCGAACGCAUUCUGGGUUUGGGCGAUUUAGGUGCUUCCGGUAUGGGUAUUCCUGUUGGUAAAUUGGCUUUAUAUACUGCUUUGGCCGGUAUUAAGCCCCACCAAUGUUUGCCCAUUGUUAUUGAUGUCGGCACUAAUAAUAUUGAUCUUUUGGAAGAUCCUCUAUAUGUCGGUCUACGUCAAAAGCGCGUUGUCGGCCGUGAAUAUGAUGACUUUAUUGAUGAAUUCAUGGAGGCCGUUGUGAAACGUUAUGGUCAAAAUACAUUGAUACAAUUUGAAGAUUUCGGCAAUCACAAUGCAUUUAGGUUCCUCGAUAAAUAUCGUAAUACAUAUUGUACCUUCAAUGAUGAUAUUCAGGGUACGGCUUCGGUAGCGGUAGCUGGUUUAUACGCUUCGAAACGUAUUACAGGUAAAAGUUUUGCGGACUAUACCUUCCUAUUUGCUGGUGCUGGUGAAGCCGCUAUUGGUAUUGCUGAUUUGACUGUAAAAGCUAUGGUAGCUGAAGGUGUGCCAAUUGAUGUGGCCCGAAGCAAAAUCUGGAUGGUUGAUGUUAAUGGCUUAUUGACCACUACCCGCGAAGAAGGUAGUCUGGAGGGUCACAAACUUAACUACGCCAAGGAUGUUGAACCAAUGAAAAAUUUGGAAGAAAUUGUUGAAAAAAUUAAACCUAAUGUAUUGAUUGGUGCCUCCGCAGCUGCCGGUAUUUUUACACCUAAAAUUUUGCAAACUAUGGCCGCUAAUAAUGAUCGCCCAGUUGUGUUUGCUUUAUCAAAUCCUACCAGUAAGGCAGAAUGUACUGCUGAGCAGGCCUACCAAAACACAGAUGGUCGUGUAAUCUUCUCAUCGGGUUCACCCUUCCCACCAGUGACCAUAAAUGGUAAAACAUACUCACCUGGCCAAGGCAAUAAUGCGUACAUCUUCCCCGGUGUUGCAUUGGGAGUUAUUGCUACAGGUACCCAUCAUAUUCCAGAUGAUAUGUUCCUAAUUGCUGCCCAAGAACUUGCCAACUAUGUAGAUCAAGCUGAUUUAGAUCGUGGCUCUCUGUAUCCACCAUUGAACACAAUUCAAGAGAUUUCUAUGCGUAUUGCUAUUGGUGUAACAAAAUGUGCUUAUGACAAAGGUCUUGCCUCAACUUAUCCUGAACCUCAAGACAAACGCAAAUGGCUACAAGAUCAAUUAUACAAUUUCAACUAUGAAAGUUCAUUGCCUGUGACUUGGGCGUGGCCAAGAAUGCCCUACAUUAAGACUCGCGAGGAGAGUCCUCUUUUAGCUGCAAUUAAAUAAACAAUUUUGGCUAACAUCUGCAUAGUUUUGAAUUCUCUAAUACACUUUAUAUGUCACAUCACGCGUAAAAUUGAUAUGUUGCGUUGCUUUAUUGUCUUACCACUACCGAUAUUUUUUUAUUAUUGCCACCAACUACUAUCAACCACACUGUAUUUUCUCCAUUUUUCUCAAUUAAUUAUGUAUAUUUAAAGUUUGGAUGCGGGUUUUAUUAUAUAUGUAUUUCAUUAAUAUAAUUUUAUUUGUUAUUAACUUUAUUGACUAUUUAGAGUAUAUGUUCAGUAAAAAAUAUUAAUGAAAAUAGCCAAAGAUAAUUUAACCACCAGAUAUUCAAAAUAACUCUGAAUAUUACCAAUUUAUAUGUCCUAUUUUUAUAUUAA